UGGUUGACUGGUUGUAAACAUACUGUUUAUGUUAGAUAAAUAUAUUAAACUCAUGUUUUAGUAACUAAUUAUAAUAAGCUUAAAUUAGUAUAAAAUCUUAUGAUAAUGGAUUUUGCUCGAAAACAACUUGAGAAAUACGGCUGGACCGAUGGUAAAGGCUUAGGCAGAAAUGAAAAUGGUAUAUCCCAAGCAUUAAAACCGAAGUUAAAGCGAAGCGUCACAGGCGUAGGGCAUGAUGUGGCGUCUGAUUUCACAGAACACUGGUGGACGACACUUUAUAACAAGGCAGCUGGUAAUGUAGAGGUUGAAGAGAAAAAUGGCAAAACGAAAAAGAUAAAAACAAACACAGAUGACUUCCAAAUAUCAAACAGCACCUGGAAACUGACAAAAACUAAAAAGAAAUCAACCACAGAAGAGGAUCAGUAUGCUGACUAUUUUGUUAAAAAAGCCACUUUGACAAACGGGGGAGUCAAAAUGGAGAAAAUGGCAGAGUCAGACUCGGAGAGUGACGAGGAGAAGAAGGAUGUGUUUAAGAUGACAGAUGAGGAGCUUUUUGCUGCCUGUGGUGGACGGACAGCACAUAAAGGCGCAAGACAUGGAUUGCGGGCUUUAGGCAAAUUAGCAAGAAUAGAACAGCAAGAACAACAUUUACUUGAACAAGAAAAGUAUGAAGGUUACUCUCAUCAUGAAAAGAAAAAGAAAAAUAAAAACAAACAUGCCAAUGAACUACAAGUUGAAGAUUUAAAUUUAAAUAGUGACACAGAUGUUCCUAAAAGCAAAAAGAAAAAAAAGAAGAAGCGUUGCUCAAACACCGAGAGUUUAACGGAAAUCGGAAAUGGUAACAUUGAAGUGGCUGAAUGCAGAGAAUCUGAGCCUAAGAAAAAUAAAAAGAAACGCAAACUGACUGAUGAAAAUGUUGCCAGUGAAAUUGAAGAGGAAAAUGGUAGAAAAACGAAAAAAAUUAAAAACAUUGAUGAGAAUAAUGUUUCUGAUCGUGAUGUUGGAUGUCUGUUCAAAUCAAAAAAGAAGAAAAAGCGUAACAAAAAUGUUGAAUCUGUGGAUGAAGCGGAAUCCAAUACGAAUUUCUUAAAAACAGACGGAAAGUACGAAUUCCUCGACAACGGGGUGGUUCGGAAAACGAAGAAGAAAAACAAGAAGGCUAAAUGACAUUCACUCUUUUAUCAUUAAUGAAAUCUAUUUUUUACUUUAAUAAGUAAUUUUGUGUACCUUUUUAGGUACCAAUUAUUUUAGUAAAUAAAUAAUUUUAAUAAUAUAA